CUUUCGUCGCGUCUAGUAUCAACGAGCGCGCAUACUACUUAACAGCCCACAGCAAGGCCAUCAUUUUCUCUAGCCUCCUAGCUACAAUUUGAGCUGCACUAUGCCUCAGCCGCCACGUAUUCGUGUCGUUGUGCAGCUCCCUUACAACCGUCCUGACCACCCGCUCCCCGAUCCUCCCCAUAUUGAAUGGAACACAGAGAAGGCUAAUAUUCUAUGGGAGGUUAUCGCACUCUCUCGGACGAGCGAUAACGGUGGUACGGAUUGGAAAGGCCUCGCAGCACAUCUUGAAGUACCGCUUCCGUAUCUACUCUACCGCGCCCAGGCUAGAUACGAAGAUGACCUCCGGGGGCUGCAAGGCUUCCACGCUGGUCAUCAACUGAACCAGCCCCCCACCAAGUCCACAGAGGUUACACCCGUCCUCCCAGAGCGCCCCCUCUCGAUUAAGAUCCCUGCUGCACGCGUCGGCUCCCUCAACAGCGCCCGUAGACUCUCCUCUUCCAGGCUGGCAACACCUCUCGGCGUCCGUGCACGGCUUAACUCUCUCACCCAACAUAACUCCGCCCAAUCGUCCAAGAAGGCAUCUUCCUCAUCAACGUCUACUCUUCAGGGAGCUCAACCUAAGAGACCCCUGCGCUUGCCCUCUCCGUUUUCAUCCGAUGAGAGCGACUCUGAGGAUGAGCAGGCAGCCAAGGAAGAAGAAGCGGACCGUGCGGCGGAGGAAGAUGAAGCUCUUUCACGCAAGCUUGCAAGUCUGCAGCGCAUGAUGACGAGCGAGGCUCUCGGCCUUGUCAGCUCGCCACUUUCCCCUGAGAAGGGCAAGGCCCGGGAUGUGAUCCGUGGGCGUGCGCCAGUGCCUAUAUCCCGCGCUGGUCGCGAGGGCGAUGACAUUAUAGGCUUCAGACGCAACGAUGAGGGCUUCAGACGCGAAGAGCGGAACCGUGAUCACAGCGCGUCUGUCUCAAGUGCAUCUUCUCCGCAGGGUUCGAUCCCCUCGAUCCCUUCUCCCCCGCCUGAAUCCCAGUCUCCAAUGGCCCGGCACCUCUCUACGAGCAAGUCGAGCAGCCCACCAACAGUGUCGACGCGGAAUGCACGGGGGCUAUCGCACAUGCGUUAUGCACCACUCGCAGGGCUCAGCGAGCAGGAGAGCAGUCAUGGGAGCUCAGCAUCGAGCUUCAGUGACAUAAGUGAUACAAGCUUUUCAGCGUCGGCGUUAGAGAGCGCAUUGAUGUCAAAUGUCCCUGCGGGGGCAGGGUCCCGUCUGUCUGCAAUUGCAAGAAGUAGGUUCGUACGUGGGGUGCGGUUGUAACAUAUCUCCUUCUCAGUAGACUUAACCAUAGUCCAUUUUAUUAUUUUCUAUUGAUGAGCUUCGUUCUAAGGAAUCUGUAUCACUAUCGCUCUUAUCAUGUAUCAAUUUCUAAUACUCGGGGUUUAUCAACCUAGA